AUGUCUAUAAAACGACGGUGGUUUGAGCUGCAGCGCUUCUUCCGUCAUUGGUCAUCUUUAUUGUCCUUGUUUGCAGUGUGCUUCCUGUUAUUUGUUUUUACUCUUGCCUAUAAUCUAAAUCAGUUCCAGGAAGUUAUCCGGGGUCAUAUAAAGUAUAAUCGUGAAGCGCCCAUAGGUAUACUGCGUGGUGGCAGAAGGGUGAGCGUCGAGGAAGAAUUACUAAUUGGUAGGAAAAGAAAGGAUCAACAGAAACAUCUAAGUGAUAGUAAUGAGUUGCCUGGUGAUCCGGAUCCGGAUACAAUCUUUAAAUUGGGUCAAAUUGGAAAUUUUGAACUAAAAGAGACACAGUGGCAGCCAGGAAAUUAUGGAGAAAUGGGUGAACCAGUUUUUGUUGAUAAAACUUUGCCGGAAGUUGAGAAAACGAUGAGAGAAUAUGGUUUCAACACCUACGUAAGCGACAUGAUUUCCUUAAAUCGAAGUGUUCCUGAUGUAAGGAUGGAUGAAUGCAAAUAUUGGCAUUACCCGGAAGAUUUACCUACUGUAAGUAUUGUCAUUGUCUUUCAUAACGAAGGUUGGACACCAUUGCUACGCACUGUUCAUUCUGUUUUAUUACGUUCUCCAUUACAUUUGAUCAAGGAAAUCAUUCUGGUUGAUGAUUUUAGUGACAAAGAGCAUCUGAAAGGUCGUUUGGAUAUUUACUUGAAGCAGUUCAAUGGAAAAGUGAAAUUAAUCCGGAAUACUGAGCGCGAAGGGCUUAUUCGUACGCGGAAUAUAGGAGCGAAAGAAGCAGUUGGUGAUGUAGUCAUAUUUCUGGAUGCGCACUGUGAGGUAAACAUUAAUUGGUUACCUCCACUUCUGGCACCAAUACGUCAGAACAGAAAAGUCAUGACAGUACCAGUUAUAGAUGGUAUUGACAAAGACGAUUGGUCUUAUCGGAUGGUUUACAGUUCUGCAGAUAGACAUUACCGUGGUAUAUUCGAAUGGGGACUUUUAUACAAAGAAACUGAAAUAUCGGGACAAGAAUUGACGCGAAGAAAACACAGUAGUGAACCAUUUAGGUCUCCGACUCAUGCAGGUGGAUUAUUUGCUAUUAAUAAGAAGUGGUUCGAAGAAUUAGGUUAUUACGAUCCUGGAUUGCAAAUAUGGGGGGGCGAACAAUAUGAACUAUCUUUCAAAAUCUGGCAAUGCGGAGGCGGAAUUUUGUUUGUACCAUGUUCUCACGUUGGCCAUGUGUACCGAUCACAUAUGCCGUACGGUUUUGGGAAGCUCUCCGGAAAACCAGUUAUUUCAACGAAUAUGGUUCGUGUCAUAAAAACGUGGAUGGAUGAAUAUGAUAAAUAUUACUACAUUCGGGAACCGUCGGCAAAGCAUCGCUUACCGGGUGACAUAAGUUCACAACUCGAGCUUAGGAAAAGUCUAAAUUGUAAAUCUUUUAAAUGGUACAUGGAAAAAGUUGCUUACGAUGUUAUUGUGUCUUAUCCCCUUCCACCGGAAAAUCAUGUCUGGGGUGAAGCGAAAAAUCACGCUACGGGAAAAUGCAUUGAUACGAUGGGUCGAUCUGUACCAGGUAUUGUUGGCGCAACUCCGUGUCAUGGUUAUGGUGGGAAUCAGCUGAUCAGACUGAACAAAAAAGGGCAGCUGACACAGGGAGAAUGGUGUAUAACUCCUAUAGAUGGAAAUUUAAUUACGAAGCAUUGCGUAAAAGGAACAGUUGAUGGACCUUUUGUUUAUGAUGAGAAAAACGAGCAAAUAAUGGUCAACGACUUGUGCUUAACAGCAGCUAAAUCCAUGGUUAAUUCAACAUUAUCAAUGGAAAAAUGUAAUGCGGAAAAUGAAUGGCAGAAAUGGAGAUGGCAAGAAAUAUAUAUCGACUGA